ACCACCUCAUCCGCUUCUCUAUAAUCCUUUACUCUCGUUACCUUCUAUAGUUUAGGACCAGGACAAUGGAAGAACAAUCCAUUUCCAAUGGAAGACGAUCUGAACUCCUGGAUGAUCGUGCUGUACGAGCUCUCUGAAAUGCUGAAAGAAGUCCGCAGCUCUUCUCAGCUGUAUAUAUUCCAAGGACCAUCUGAGUUGAUGCCACUUAAUCAUUUGUGUUAUGGAGUGGAAGGUUAUCCAGCAUCGGGCAUCCUUGAAUCUUCAACUUCUUCGGCAUCGACACGUGCCCACCGUGAAUUCUUUUCAAUUUGUGUAACUCCCAAAGACGUAAAUCGACUAGCUGUGGAAGGAAAUGCAUUUUGCCCCACCACGUUGUCUUCUGCAAAGACCUUUUCCGGUCUACAACAGAAUUUUAUUGCAAGUAAUUUGAGAUUAUGUAACUGA